ACUCAACCGAACCAGACAGAUUGACACCCAGAGGAUAUAACCCUCACCUUGGAUACUCUGAAACACAAAGGACACUGCUCUGGCCCCUUUCUUUGAAUUCGUCUGUUUUGCAACGACUGCUACGGCUUUUAGUACAGAUUACCGAGGCACAGAACAUAGCAACUCCCGACUCUCCUCGACCUCGAAAUCUAUCUGCCCUUUAUCCACCCACCCAACAACCCCAUCUCCGCUUCCGAGCAUCAAACCACGAAUUAACCUAUACCCCCUCUAAUUCAGCAUAAUACACAGUCUUCGCCAUGGCUUCGCAAUCAGCAACAGAGGCGUACUCGAACCCUCUUAAGAAAUUCAAAUUAGUUUUUCUUGGAGAACAGAGUGUUGGAAAGACCUCCCUAAUCACCAGAUUCAUGUACGAUUCCUUCGAUAACAUGUAUCAAGCUACAAUUGGCAUCGACUUUCUAUCAAAAACAAUGUACCUUGAAGACCGAACAGUCCGUCUCCAGUUAUGGGAUACCGCCGGCCAAGAACGAUUCCGCUCCCUAAUCCCAUCCUAUAUCCGCGACUCGAGCGUAGCAGUCGUUGUCUACGAUAUCUCAAAUGCCAAGUCAUUCCAAAACACACGCAAAUGGGUCGACGACGUGCGCGGGGAGCGGGGCAAUGAUGUGAUCAUCGUUCUCGUGGGGAACAAGACGGAUUUGAACGAUAAACGAGAAGUAACGACAGCGCAAGGGGAGGAGGAGGCUAAGAAGCAUGGACUUAUGUUCAUCGAGACCAGCGCUAAGGUUGGGCAUAACGUCAAGCAGCUGUUUCGGAGGAUAGCUCAGGCUCUCCCGGGCAUGGAUGAUGAGGCGGGGAGAGGCGCUAACCAAAUGAUUGAUGUUAAUAUCAACCCUACACAACCCGUGAGCAACGAUGGAUGUGCAUGCUAGGGAGAAAUUACUGAAUGGUUCAAUGUUAAGGAUAUCCACGCUUUGUUCAGUUCUAUUGCAUCUAUUUGCUUGGUUUAUUCUCGUUGUAAUUGUUCUCCCCGCCGCAUUCUCUUGUUUGUAUAAUGAGGGUUUCCUUUCCUUUCCUUUCCUUUCCUUUUCUUUUUCUUUCUUUCUUUCUUUCUUUCUUUUUUAUUAUUUAUUUAUUUUAUUUUAUUUUUUCUGUCUGUUCGCUCAAACUUCCCCCCUCUUCCUCUCCUGCCAGAGAUAUCGUAGGCCAAAGUUCUUUUUGUCCUAUCAUAUUUUUAUGCAGUUCCCAUCCAUGUUGACUCGAGUUAAAUUCCCCGCGGGCGCCCGCCAUUAUUGACUAUGGAUCUAACUCUCUUUUAUUUUGGGGAUUCUCUCUCUCUCUCUUUUUUAUUUUUCCUUGCUUAUUAUUACCAUUACUGCGCAUUGCUCCAUGGAGUUGUUUUUUUGUUGCUCAUCUGAAUUGCUUUCACAUCCCCCCUUGCGUCUAUUAUUAUAAUUAUUUGGCAUUAUUUAUCCCCUAUACCUCUUCGAACAUGCGCUUGUAUGCUGUGUAUAGUUGUUAUUUAUCCAGCUCCUAUUCAUAAAAGGGUUGGACAACCCGAGGAUGUUAUAGAUUUGUUCUUCACAACAGAGACAAUGAGUUUUAUAUUAACUCUUCACUUGUGGAAACAUGUAGAUGCGGAUAUGCUAGGGGUUUGCUGAUAAAUGUUGUUCAUAUCAUCAAUCAAGGGUGCAGAGGAUAUUAUUUAUCACAAGAAGCUCUUGAGGAGAAAAGCGCUGGUGUUGAUAAUACUAUACAUAGAAAACUGCCUUUGACAGUAACCUCUGUGUCCAUUCCCGU